GGUGCCGAAAAGCCCAGCCCCCUACGGCAAGCCGGAGGUAGCAAGAUGGCCGCCGCGGAGGGAGACUGUGGAGUUGGGGCCGAGGCUGAUCGCGAAUUGGACGAGCUUCUGGAAAGUGCUCUUGAUGAUUUUGAUAAGGCCAAACCCUCCCCAGCAGCCCCUCCUACCACCUUGGCCCCCGAUGCUUCCGGGCCCCAGAAGAGAUCUCCAGGAGACACUGCAAAAGAUGCUCUCUUUGCCUCCCAAGAGAAGUUUUUCCAGGAACUGUUCGACAGCGAGUUGGCUUCCCAAGCCACUGCGGAGUUCGAGAAGGCAAUGAAGGAGUUGGCUGAGGAAGAGCCCCACCUGGUGGAACAGUUCCAAAAGCUCUCAGAGGCCGCUGGAAGAGUGGGCAGUGAUGCGACCUCCCAACAGGAAUUCACUUCUUGCCUAAAGGAGACACUAAGUGGACUAGCCAAAAAUGCCACUGACCUUCAGAAUUCAGGCAUGUCGGAGGAAGAGCUGAACAAGGCCAUGGAGGGGCUAGGCCUGGCCGAAGGGGGCGGGGAAGGGAGCUUCCUCCCCAUCAUGCAGAGUAUCAUGCAGAACCUACUGUCUAAGGAUGUGCUGUACCCGUCACUGAAGGAGAUCACAGAAAAGUACCCAGAAUGGUUGCAGAGUCACCGGGAAUCUCUACCUCCAGAGCAGUUUGAAAAAUAUCAGGAGCAGCACAGUGUCAUGGGCAAGAUAUGUGAGCAGUUUGAGGCAGAGACCCCCACAGACAGCGAGGCCACUCAAAAGGCUCGUUUUGAGAUGGUGCUGGAUCUCAUGCAGCAGCUACAGGACUUGGGUCAUCCCCCAAAAGAGCUGGCUGGGGAGAUGCCUCCUGGCCUCAACUUUGACCUGGAUGCCCUCAAUCUGUCGGGCCCACCAGGUGCCAGUGGUGAACAGUGUCUGAUCAUGUGAAAUACCACACGUUUUCCUCCCUGAUUCCCAGCCAUGGGGAACAUCUGGAGUCAGCAGAGCCAUUGGGAGCUGAGGCAGGAGCGUCGUCUGCAGGAGCGAUCUGCCCACUGCCCUCUGCCGUCCCACCCAAGACUGUGCCAUGCCAGCAGGGGCUUUUUCUCUGUCUUUCUGGGAAUAAGGCCUGUUCCACAGGUCAUUUCUGUUAGCCCUACUCCAUUGUGGUUUCUGCUGCUAGCAAAAGCCCAGCUACCUGCCAGGCAGAGGAAGGCAUUCCUUUUGGGGCAUGUGCCUUCUUCUUCCUCUCAAAAUAGUUAUAUGGCCACACUGAUGUUCACCUUUACAAGCAGGGUCUUCGUGCCUUGUCUCUACUCCCUGUCUUGGACCUGGGGAACAGGAACAAAGUCCCAGGACUCUGUUUUCUACAGUUCUCCUGGGAAGGACCUUUGGGAAUGAGGAGGUACUUAUCCUGGGCUGGAGCUGCAGUUCCAUCAUCAUGCCCUCUCGCCUUCAGACUGUUCUGCAUUCUGUGGUGGGAAAGGUACUAAUUGAAUGCAUCUAAUCACAGUAAGGUUGGGAGAGAAGCCCUGGGAUUCUCCUCACUUUGGGUGCUGAGCCCCAAUUCCCUGGUCCAGCCUGCGAACUCAAAUUGCUGCCCUAGUUCUUUCUACAGUGCUUUGUGAUCUAGGUGAACUCAGCUCCUGACCUUCUUUUGCCCCCUGCCUUUUGUCUUAACUCCUCUCUUUUUAAAAUACCUAUUUAUUCCCAAGCCUAAGCUAUGACAAAGAAGAACCCAUCCUGUUUCCCCUCAUCUAGUCCACCCACCACUUGCAGUGGUCCCCUUCCUCCUGGCAAACAUACAACAGUAGUGUCAGGUCUGGGAAUGAAUGACCUGCCCCAGAUACAUUCUGUCUUAUUUAAGACUUCUGACUCCCUUAGAAUCCUGUCCCUGGAUUCUGGGAGGUGGCUUGGGUAAGGGGAGGGGGUGCAACCUGGGCACCUUUUCCUGCAGGCUCCGUGGGCCAGCGUCUAAUAAAUAUUCUGAGUGGGGAGUGUGGCCUGUUCUUCAUCUGGGUCUUUUUCUGACCUUCCUCAGCUUCUGUAAGCUGCAGAGUGAGGAAUGUUGGCAGACUAGUUUUUCGUAGAAUUGCAGUGCCUGGCUCCUGGUGCCUUGUGGUGGGGAGCCUUCCCCCUCCCUUCCCAGCUCUGUCUGCACGUCAUUUGGCAAAGAAGACUUGAUAUCCAUCCGUCCUCAUUUCUUUUCUGAAUAUUUCCAUCUGGGAAGCCCUUCAGAUAUUGUAUUUUAACAUAUCACAUUACUAUUGCUGAUAUUGGUAAUGCAUUGUUAACGUGUUUUCUAAAUUGUUUCUUUUUGAGCUGACCUUGCCCUUCUUUGUAGGAGCCAGUGAUUUCUGUGGCCCUUGGCUGCCAUAUGUUGGUGAAUAAUCUGGUCAGACCAGCUGGCUCUCCUGGUUCAGCACUCAGAAAAUAACUGUUGCCAGAGCAAAUUCACAUACAUCAUCUGAGCCACUUUGAGCUCCUGACAUGUCACUUUCCCCUGGGUUAAGGCAUUUCAUACCUUGAAGAUCUCAUGUGUUCUGUGGGAUCAGCAAGGAAGUGAAUGCUGUUGAUGCUUCAUGCUGCUUGGGAAGGUCCAGCUAGUGUAACUUACCAGAGCAUGGAAGAACCCAGGUCUGAAGCUGAGACUCCACCACUCUAGAUGAGAAAAAGUAGAGGCAGACUUGUGAUGAUGGUCAUGAGGCCUGAAUGGCCAAAAUUUCCUCCUUAACAACUCCAGCCAAACACUGGACAAGAGAGAAGGAGGGAAGAACAAAAGGGCCCCGACCCUUGAAUCUUUUGCCUACUGCCCUGGCAGUGUGUUUGGUUUUUUAUUUGUUUGUUUUACAAAUUCUCACUUCUACUGGCCUGGCCAGGGCUCAUUCCAGGAAUCUAAAUAGGUGCUGUAGUUCGCUUUAGCUUUGUUGCCAGGACGCUUGUUUUUAUUCUGAUUUAACACAGACAAGUUGAUCUCAGGUUGCUCCCUAUUCCAAAAACACUGUAUUUGAAUUAUCCUAGAACUUGAGGAGGGAUGAAGCUUGGCACUCUAGGGCAGUCCUCAAACUAUUUGUGGUGAAAGACUAGCUUUUUUUUUUUAAAUACCUGAUCCUUUGUGUAUUGAUAUGUGUUCCUAUUGCCCAUGCUUAGUGCUCAGUCACUGUAUGCAACCCACCAUACAAGUUUGACAGACCCUGUUCAGAAGCAUCAUGCACUUGGAUAUUACAGCAGUGUGAAAACGCUAAAAAGGUUUUAAACGCUCUCAAUUUCUUAAUCAUCAUGUUGUGAACUAGUACAAAACUCUUCACAGACUGUAUAAGUCUGUGAACUACCUUUGAGUAGCACCGCUCUGGAGCCCUCAGUCUCUCCAUAGCUCCUAGCCAAAAUGAUGAAUUCCUGUAAUUGUAGGUCUUUCCUACGUGACGGUUGCCUCUAGAGAAGUUUUUCUUCAGCAAGAAUGUGUCACUGCGAAGACAUCUCUAGCAUUUUUCUAGCCUUCUCUGGUGCUUAAAAAUAGUACAAAGCUUAAGUUUGAUCUGUAUGUGAAAUGUUUAUGUUGCUCUCAAACUUUAAAGGGAAUGCCCCUUUGUCCCCAAAUUCUGGAUGUUAGAAAACAAAUUUUUGGUUGUACUAAUGAUUUCAUGAGUUUAGAAUUUAAUUCUUACAGAAUUCAUGAUAAUAGAAGAAUUUUCUUAUGACUUGGGAUUUUACAUCCUGGUAUGGGCUCCAGGAGAUGGUUCAAGUACUUUGUUGAGAUGGCAUUUGGAAGCUUUGGAAAAAUAAUGGCCCACAGUUGAGAUGGCAGGCCAUAGGGGGAAGGAUCAGAGAAAGUGGGCGUGUAAGAAUAAAUUUGUUAUAUAAUACUGGAGAAUCUA